AUAUCAUCCCAUUUUUUCUCCUCUCCAUUCCCUAUAAGUGUUUGUGUCACCACACACAAGUAACGACCCCUCAAUUUGUCAAUAAACAAAUAAGAGGAGUUGUUAAUUAUCAAAGGAAGAAGAAGAAGAAGAAAAUUAUGAAAUUUCAAUUAUGAUUUGUGUUAGGGUUAAGAGAUUAUGAAGAUGAGAAUGGAAUUAGUUGAACGACGAGGACGACAACAACAACGACAAGAAGAAAAAGGAGCAUUUGAGAGGAAGAGUAGUAGGGAAAAAAGUACAAGAAGAAGGAUGACAAUUAGUAUUGUAGAAGAAGAAGAAGAAGAGAGCCCUAAGAUUGUGGAUCUAAGUGGCAUGUCAUUGGAUUUUAUUCCUGUAAAUCCUACUAUUAAUUUGGGAGCUAUAUCCAAAUUACAUAUUUCCAACAACAAUCUUCAGAGUAUACCAGAGUCUUUAACAGCAAGACUACUUAACUUGGUUGAGUUAGAUAUGCACUCAAAUCAGCUCAACUCCAUUCCUAACUCAAUAGGUUGCUUAUCAAAGCUCAAACUUCUCAACAUUUCUGGGAAUCUCCUUCUUUCGCUCCCUAAAACUAUCGAGAAUUGCAGAGCAUUGGAAGAGUUGAAUGCCAAUUUCAAUAUGCUUACUCAUUUACCGGACACGAUUGGAUUUGAGCUCAUAAAUCUGAAGAAGCUAUGCAUAAAUUCAAAUAAAAUAGCACAUCUUCCUUACUCCACCUCCCACUUGACUAACCUUCGCGUGUUAGAUGCUAGGCUAAACUGCCUUAGAUCACUCCCCGAUGAUCUUGAAAACCUAAUCAACCUUGAAAUCCUCAACGUUAGCCAAAAUUUUCAGUACCUAUCAAAGUUGCCCUAUUCAGUAGGUUUUCUCAUUUCUCUACACGAACUAGAUGUUAGUUACAACAAAAUUACUGAAUUACCAGAUUCCAUCGGAUGCUUGAAGAAGCUCCAAAAGCUAAGUGUUGAAGGCAACCGCCUUGUUUCUCCUCCACCGGAGGUAGUGGAGCAAGGGAUACGUGCAGUUAAGCAAUACUUGUGUGAAAAGAUCAACGGUAUGCAUGACAAGUCCCCUAAGAAGAAGUCAUGGUUUGGAAAGUUAGCAAGAUGUAGCACAUUUAGUGGUGCUAACAUACCAAGAGAUGACUUUGGUGUUCCAAACAAUCGCACUAUCGAUGCAAUUGCCUCACCAAGAUUUAUAGCCAUGCUUUCUCCUCGUCGUCUUCUAUCUCCAAAAACCUACUUCUCCAAAUAAAGAAAAAAUGCAACUUGCUUGGAGAUAUCAUAGUGUGUUAGCUCUUAGUUUGUUUUCUUUUACGUUUUGAAAUCGUGCAAAUGUGUGCUUAGAUCAAGUUGUACAUUAUGUCCUGUAGAAUUUGUUGUCUUUGAGAUUGUACAGAUCAUUUUCAUAGAUGAACAAUGCUCAUUAGAGGUAUGAAUUUACUCAAGCGUCACAGAGUGUUUAUAUCAAACCAAUAUUAAUAAUUACAUCGAAUCAAUUUACUAGUGUAA